ACCAUGUUCCCAACAUUUAUUGAGUACAGGUCACUCAGUUGUAGAGCAGGCAGCACGCUUUUGUGGAACAAAGUCGGUCUCACGAUCUUCAGCGGUGUUUGUUUCCGCUGAUGGAUUGUGGUUGCUUUGAAGACUUGUUGACUGACAGCACAAACCCUGAGACUGACCUUUCCCACAGAAGAAUGCAUUUAUGAAGAUUACACAAUGGACAAAUAACAAGUAGUUGACACAACUGAGAACUUUUUGUCACCUUUUUUUUUGUUUUGCUUCAAAUGGAUGAAUGGGUAUUCCUACACCGAAUCAUCAUCCUGCAAAUAUCAAUCGAUGUCUGAGUGAGGUCACCUGUACUUUCCCAUGUCAGGUAUUUGACCAACAGAGACAUGUCCAAUGACAGUUGCAACCUCCCCUUCAACACGGACACGCCUGGCCUGACCUGCAUCUAUGGCCUGAUCUUCUCUUUGGGUCUCCCUAGCAACCUGCUGUCUCUCUGGGGACUGUACCAGCUGGGCCGCACCGGUGCGGGAGGCUGCCAGCUGGUCUACAUCCUUAACCUACUGCUGUCAGAUCUCCUCCAACUACUUACCCUGCCACUGUGGAUCCUUUACCUCCAGGGUGGACACCGCUGGCCCUAUGGCCAGCUGACCUGUGAGCUGGUGGGCUAUGUGUUUUAUGUAAAUGUCUAUGCCAGUGUCAUGUUUCUGUGCCUGAUAGCGCUGGAUCGCUGCCUGGCCAUAGUGUACCCACUGAGCAGCCGCAGGGUGAGAACUGUCAGGGUGGCAGCAGUGUCAGGAGUGGCAGUGUGGAGCCUCACAUUCCUGUUCUGCCUGUGUGGGCUGUUGCCAUCAGUGUUUGACCCAGACAGACUACUGUGUCUGGAGCAGUACCCCGUCAGCCCCAGAUAUGCCCACUUCAAGAUCACCACGGUGGCUCUCGGCUUCCUGCUGCCAUGUUCCAUACUGGGUUACACCUCGGCCCAUAUUGGGAUAACACUCCGACGAUCUCUCAAAAUUGUGGGGAUCCUGGUCGUGAUCACUGUCAAUUUCAUUGUUGUGUUUGGACCCUAUCACUGUGUGGGUGGAUACAGGUUUGUGUCCUUGCUGCUGACCGAUGAGCCGUGUGAAUUGGAGCGUUCCAUUUUCCUCAUCUAUCGCUUGUGCUACGGUCUGACAAGCCUCAACACCCUGCUGGACCCUCUUUUCUACAUCUUCCUGUGCCCUGAUGCUCGACUAGAACUGCAAAGGUCCCUGCCCUGUUUAGGAAGGGGUCAAAACACUCGCAAAAAGAUGGUCUUCAGUACCAGAGCUCAGACAGACACCCAGAGGGAGAGUGAAACUGGACAUAAUAAUCUUCUAGCAAUAUAAAUUGGAUCACAUCACAGAUCCUCCUGUUGUCAUUUAGACAAAGCAAUUGUGCCACCCAGUGGAAAAGCAUGUGGAGUUCAUGAUUGCAAAGGCUACUUUGCAGACAGUUUAAGUAUUGCUUGUAUCUACUCAAAACAUUUAACCAAAAAAUAAUAGAAAUACUGUAUUUGCCAAAAAUACAUUUUUUCUAAAAAUCCAUAAAACCUAUUGUGGCUUCAAUGUAGAGAUAUACAUCCAAAUAAGAUAUAAUCUAGAAAUUGAACCUCAUUCAUUCAUUCAUUCAUAUCUGCUACAUUAGUUUAGGUUUGUUUUUGACGUCUUGGCCGUGUAUGGAAAUGUGCCACUGUGAAAAUGUCCCUAACUGUUUUUACUGUUAUGUUUACAAGCAUUAAAAAUGAUCUAAUUGCUUGUUUUUCUGGUUAACAUUUUAAUAAUAGAGUGCAAGUUAAUCAUUCAGGAAGUUCAAGCAUGACUGUGGUUAUAGUGUUAAAAAGGAA